AAAUUUCUCUGGAAAAAGUUGGGGAAUUCUUGCCGGAGGGGUUAUUGCUAUUCCCGUCCGACCUCCCCUCUCUUCUGGUGGAGCUUAGAAUCACUCCUUCGAGUUCAGAGCUCCAAAUCUCGCUUUCCCCGGUCUGAAUUGACUGAAGCAAUGGAAGGAGGAGGUAACCUAGAUGCCUCUAUAGAGUCUCUGUUGAAUGUGGAGAAGCAGAUGAGACUUGCUGGGGAUGUUGCUGGAACAAAGAAAGCUGUUGUCGACAUCCUGGAACUUUGCUUUCAGGCUCGAGCAUGGAAGACGCUCAACGACCAGAUCAUUCUUCUGUCAAAGCGUAGAGGUCAGCUUAAACAGGCAGUAACUGCAAUGGUCCAGCAGGCAAUGCAAUAUAUUGAUGAGACUCCUGAUAUUAAAACUCGUGUAGAACUCAUCAAAACACUAAACAGUGUAUCUGCUGGGAAGAUAUAUGUAGAAAUAGAGAGGGCACGAUUGAUCAAGAAGCUUGCAAAAAUUAAGGAAGAACAAGGACUUAUUGCUGAAGCUGCUGAUUUGAUGCAAGAAAUUGCUGUGGAAACAUUUGGAGCAAUGGCAAAAACAGAGAAGAUAGCAUUUAUCCUUGAGCAAGUCCGUUUAUGCUUAGACCGUCAGGAUUAUGUCCGUGCACAGAUCCUCUCAAGGAAGAUUAGUCCACGUGUUUUCGAUGCUGAUAUUUCAAAAGAAAAGAAGAAACCCAAGGAAGGUGAUAGUGUUGUUGAAGAGGCUCCUGCUGAUAUACCUUCACUAUUGGAAUUGAAAAGGAUCUACUACCAAUUAAUGAUACGGUAUCACUCUCAUCACAAUGCUUACCUUGAGAUUUGUCGUAGCUACAAGGCUAUAUAUGAGAUCCCAUCUGUGAAAGAAGAUUCAGCACAGUGGAUACCAGUCCUAAGGAAAAUUUGCUGGUACUUAGUGUUGUCUCCACAUGAUCCAAUGCAGACAAGCCUUCUUAAUUCCACUUUGGAAGAUAAGAAUCUAUCUGAAAUUCCAAAAUUUAGGAUGCUCUUGAAACAUCUGAUCACAAUGGAGGUGAUCCAGUGGACGACCCUAUGGGAGACAUAUAGGAUAGAGUUUGAGAACGAGAAGAAUAUGCUUGGAGGCUCUUUGGGUGACAAAGCAGCAAAAGAUCUUAAACAAAGGAUUAUUGAGCAUAACAUAUUGGUCGUAUCAAAGUAUUACUCUAGGAUCAUGUUGAAGAGACUUGCAGAGCUAUUGUGCCUCACUAUCCAGGAAGCUGAGAAGCACCUAUCAGAUAUGGUUGUCUCCAAGUCUCUGGUUGCAAAGAUUGAUAGGCCAAUGGGAACAGUCUGCUUCCAGACAGCAAAGGACAGCAAUGACAUUCUCAAUUCAUGGGCAAUGAACUUGGAGAAGCUGCUUGAUCUUGUUGAGAAGAGUUGCCACCAAAUCCACAAGGAAACCAUGGUUCACAAAGCUGCUCUGAAAGUCUAAAUUCAGAAGUUGCUUCUGAUGCUACUUCAUAUUUUGCCAUAAAGUAGGUCACUUGUAUUGACUAGUGUUACAACUAUGUCUUUUGUUAUGGUGCGAGAACAGUGGUUAGGUAACCAUAAAGUAGGUCAUGCCUCCAGAUCAUGAAUUGGGUUGUCUUGUCUGAUGUUGUAUGCCCAUUUCAUUAACUAAAAACACCGGGUCCAAAGCUGUUUUUUUUUUAUUUUUUUUUUUGGGCCUACGGGCUUUUCCUUCAAAAGAAAAGCUUUUUUUUUUUAUUUUUUUAUAUAUCAGUAGAAGGAUCGGAUAUCUUGGCUGUGUUUAUCAUUGUUUGCCUUCUCGUUACAGUUAUCAAAGUUUCAAUUGUGAUGAGCUGCAAAUGGUUCUGGCCAAAUUUCAAUAAUUCGCUGGCUGUCGUAUGUAACUUCGUUGGUGAUACCAGAUUUGAUGAACUGAAUGGGGAUUGUGCUUAUUUUAUGUUUC